CCACAAAUUAUUUCGGGAAAUAAAAAGUCUUAAAUACUUUCAAAAAUGGCUGAGGCCGCCGAGUACAAGCCUGGCGACUUGCCAUACAAAGAGCAAGAUGAUCGAAAACAGUUUUGCAAGUUUCACUACAAAGGCGUUCUCAUCGUGGUCAUUCCCCUCGUGUUUGCCCCGAUUCUGCUGGCAGAGAAUGUAUUGGUAUCUCGGUUUAUAUACAUUACAAUAUGCCUGUAUCUGUACUACAUCCUCAACGUUAUGGCUCAAGGCGCAACUGCUUUUCUCUACAUUACAUUCAUUCCUGUCUUGGGCAUCGCGGGCUCUGGCCCCGUCAGCAAUUCGUAUUAUACAGACCUAAUAUUUCUGACAUAUGGCAGCGUCAUUAUGGGCGUCAUGAUGGACUCUUCGAAGCUCAGUGAACGUCUCGCAGUAAUAGUUAUCAAAAUUUGUGGUUCCAACAUCAGAGUUUUUCAGAUAUUUCUGGUCCUUGUCACUGCGCUGUCAUCCGUUCUGGUUAACUCCACACUCAUUGCGGCCUUUUGGAUGAAGGUGGCUCUAGCUGUGAUGACUGAAUUCAACGAGGCUGGUGUUGUUAAAAUGUACUCCGACGAAGAGCCCUACGAGCGUGGAUCUAAACCCUAUCCGUCGCGUCCUGCAGUGGGCAUUUAUUUAACCGUGUGCUAUGCUUCCACCCUGGGGGGCAUGAUUUCGCCACUACAGGAUCCCAAUGAAGCUCUGAUCGGCAUUUUUAAUAAGAAUUUGAAGGGAAAGGUCGGCGCUGGAAGCUUCCUGGUGCUGUUAAUUGCUCCGAUGAUUCUUAGCAUGAUCGUAUUGAGUCUUUGGAUCAGUUGUAUGUUCCUCGGACUAGCGGGGGGCAAAGUGAAGCAGGAGCUGGCCGAGGGUGCUGGCAAUAGGGACGGAUUCAAACAGGCCGUGGCCGAUAAGGGGGAGAAAAUGGGUCCCUGGACAAUCCACACCAAAUUGUCCCUCAUCCUGAUUCUUGUUACAUUUCUGCUAAUGAUGACGCGAAAGCCUGGCUUCAUGGAUGGCUGGGACACCAUAAGCAAGAAAACGACUAAUGGUCCCUCCGUCACAAUCAUUGGAAUGAGUAUUCUAUUCUUUGGCAUUCCCGCCAACUACAUGUUCUGCAAAUACUACAUGUGUCGCCAGCCCAAGAAGGAGGGCAGUGUGCCGUCGCUACUGGGCUGGAAGGCGGUGAAUUCCAAUACACCUUGGGGACACAUCUUCAUGCUGGCUGCCGGGUUCAGCUGCGUGUUUAGCGGCCAGAAGGCCGGUUUCUUUGAUUGGUUGGCGGACUCGGCGAAGAAGAGUAAAAUGAGCAAGGGAACCGCCUUGAUGUAUGGCUCCGCAUUGGGAGCCCUGAUGACUAUCCUAGCACCAGCCACCACCUUGGCUAAGCUCGGUGUCCCCAUUAUGUUUGGAGCCGGUAAGAACGUGGCCGUGCCAUUUGCGACUGCAUUGCACAAUCAGUUCAUGCUACCAACCAGUACACCAUCCAACACGAUUAUUGCCGGCUGGGGAAAUGUCAGGCCCUUUCAGUUUCUAUUGGGAGGCCUGGUACCCACCAUACUCAUGUUUGUCUUCAUUCUGGGCUUCACCAUGGCCCUAGGAGGAACUGCAUUCUCCGGUUAUUAAACCGAAUUCAAUACACAAACAGCAACCAAUAAAAUCACAAUCAGCAUCUAAA